UCUUAUCAAAGCAAAUAAACCCAAGAAAAAACUUACGCGUUUUAAAAACCUUUCAAGAAAAUGUUGGCAAUGUCUCCUUUAUGCCCUACUACUUUAGGAUGGGAGUAUCCCUCAGAAUUAGACACAAACCAAGAAUUUGAUAACUUCGAUUUUGAUAUCGAUAUCGAUUCUAUGUUUCUUGCUAAUCACUCAUCUUCUCAAGCACAAGAUUGUGGAGUUAAUCAUCAAGUAUUGUCUAGUGAUCAUGCUAAGCAAAGCGAAUCGCCACAAGGUACAAGCUCAACAGAUCAAUUUGAUGAUAAUCCUUUGUUAUCGAAGAAGCUUAAUCAUAAUGCAAGUGAGAGAGACCGAAGAAAGAAGAUCAAUGACAUGUAUUCCUCUCUACGUGCUUUGCUCCCUGCAACUGAUCAUAGGAAAAAACUAAGCAUUCCAGCAACAGUUGGACGGGUGCUUGAAUAUAUACCUCAACUACAAAAGGAAGUGGAGAAACUAGCUCGUAAGAAAGAAGUAAUUUUAUCAAAAAAAUCAGCAUUACAAGGAAAUGUUGGGAAGAUUAUUCAAGAAGAAAACCCCAAAAAAUGCAUAGUUAAUGAAACGACGUCGUGUUCAAUUUCUUCAAAUAAAUUGGGUGAUAAAGAAAUGGUGAUUCAAAUAUCGACAUUUGAAAUAUUAUCAAUUUGUGAGGUGCUUUUGGUGCUUGAGAAGAAUGGUUGUAUUGUCAUUGAUGUUUCAUCUUUUCAAUCUUUUGGAGGAAGGACUUUCUACAAUAUCCAUUUGUGGACGGAAGGAGCUCAAGGAAGCUACAACGUAAACUUCGAGAAGUUAAAUGAAGUGUUGUUGUCUCUGCUUCAAGAACAAAAGCAGAUGCAAAUGCAGAUGUAUUCCUAA